CGUCCGGACGCUCACCGCCAACUAAACGCGAGAGGGACUCAGAUAUCAAUAACAUCUCGCUCAUCAAUAAGACAUUGUGAUGGAGUUAGACUGCGUAAUUAAAUAGGUUGCCUUGAAGGUAUUGGGCUUUCUGAAUUUAUAAUAUUUAAUCUAAUGACCCCCAAUGGAGAACAUCUGAAGGACGACUCUUCAGCAUCUUCAUCCAAAGAAAAGCGGCUCUGUCAGCCAGAUACUAAGACUUGGAGAUUUUUUUUUUAGUCUCUCAGUGAUGGCUAUCAACACUGAUGCUGCCUAUGGGAAAAGCGCCCUCGGCGACAGGGAAGUUUCCAAUCCUACCGACUUCCAGGACACAGAGCAGCUGCUGAGCACCGCGACCACUGAGCCUGCCGGGCAGAGCAACAUCAAACCGUCCGACUCCUUCUCCCUCAACAUCAGAGGGAGCGUCCAGUCCCUGGAUGCUGACCAGAACGGACACAGAUCACCGCUGAAGUCGGGCUCCAUCGGGCAUCUGGCGACCCCACCCAAAUCCUUGUCCCGUCUCAGCCUGGGUCCACUGCCCUCCCCGGUGUCGUCCGAGUCCGUGCCCCCAAGUUACCUCUGGCUCGCCGUGUUGUCCUGUUUCUGCCCCGCAUUGCCGCUCAACAUAUGUGCCUUGUGGUAUGCAAAUGUGUCGAGGUCUGUUCUGCAUACAGGAGAUAUUGAAGGAGCAAGGAAGUUUGGCCGUCGUUCUAUGCUGCUCAGCUGUCUGGCAAUGCUGCUGGGUGUGGCUGUCAUCAUCUUCAUAGUGUUUACAAUAGAGACCCAAAAAGACCCAAAAUGAAUUGUGGGUUGGAAGGAGUCUCCUUUAACUUCACCUGAUCUCAAAUUUGCAAGGACCAGAAGAGGAGGAGGAAUGUUGUUUUGAAGAUGAAAAAAGCACAACAACUGAGUUGAAAACAAGCUGAAGAGACUCUAAUGUACAAAUGUGCUGUUUUGUUGUUGCUAUGGACGAAAAAAAGAAAAGGGAAAGAAGUUGCAGUCUCAUGUCAAAUAACCCCACAAACUCAGGAAGAAAGAAAGCAAAUGAAAGCUGCACACGGUUGUAGUGUUGGAUCAUCAGACAGCACAUGCUGUGGAGAAACUACUCAUAGUCCAAACUAGAGGUGCACUGAAGUACACACAUGCCUGACAAACAGACAGAGCUGCAUUUUGCUUAAUAAAAAAUGGCAAUCAUCAGAUAAGAGGAUGUCCCAAAGAAAACAGACACCAUCUACAU